AGUUUGAUUCUUGACGCCGUUUAGAUCGGUUCUGUUUUUUUAGCGCGUGCUAAAAAUAGAAGUUAUAAAAACUAGAAAAGAAAAAUAAAUAUAUUUGAAUACAACAAUUCAAGACUAUAAAGUCGCCAAGCAAACAAUUAACAAACUAAAAGAACGGUCAAAACAGCGACUGACGCCCAGUUGAGUGUUUUGUGCCCAAUCAAAAAGACUGACAACUGGCAUAAAUAUCAAUAAAAAUAUAUAAAUAUAUAUAUACAUAUAUUAAGCAGAAUUUGUGAUAUUAUAAAUAAGUUUCAAUCGUGUGUGAUAAUUAUUUAGAUAAGCUAAGUAAAUUUGCCAAAAACAAAAACACAACAAAAAAUGCAGGAUUAUUGGCACAUACCACGCGCCUCGCUCGUCUCCUCUAGCAGCUCGGCCAUCAGCUCGGCGAGCUCCUCGAAAUCGUCCAACAAAUCGAGCUCAAAUCCGCCAACGCUUGCACAGCGCAGCAUCCACUCCACAGCCAAUUCGAAUGGAACUAGCGCAGCUGUCACAGCGGCUGCUGCGGCGGCUGUCUUGGCGGCUGCCAAGCGCGGAUCACGCUCGUCACAGGGCUCCAGCGACAGCAACAACAGCACACGGAGCGCCGCAUCCGGCUCGUUGCUGCUGACGGCCGCGAAUCUGGAACGAUUCGCCGAGAUACACAAGAAACAGGAGCGGCAGCACAAGAUGCUGCUGUCGGAGCAGCUGCCCAGUGUGCACGGCCACAGCUCCUCGUCGGCCAAUUACAAUGCGAAUCUGGCAUUGGCCAGCCACGCCAAGGAUGCAGUUAUUCCCAUCGAUGCUGAUCCCAAUCUGCAGUACAUACGCACCAAAGAUCUGGACACCGUGUCCAUAGCCAGCUCCAUGCACUUCACCAUGGUUAACGGCGAGCCAGGCGGCGCCAAGAAGCCCAAGCGUGGCCUCUGCGAUCGCGGACGACAGGUGACGGUUCUCAUUGUCAGCAUGAGCACCAUCUUCAUGCUGCUCAUCAUGGGCAUGGUCUAUGCACUCGAGAUGCGCGCUCGUGAUAUGCCCAAGAGCUAACGCAAUUGCGUGUCGUGCUUAGAAUUCGGAGAGGCGCAACCACGCCCCAUAUAUAUAUAUAUAUUGUGGCUUCUUAGUUUAUUAUUUAUUGUACUUCCGUGUCAAUUAUUAUUAUUGUUAUAUGCGUUGUCAUCGUCUUUUUUGUGCUAGUUGCUUAAGUUAUUUAUUACACACACCAAUUGUUCAGAGAAGCGAAAUUUUUGUAUGGCCUGCGUCGUACUAGUAUUAAGCGAACUUACAAUUACAAUUAAUUAGCGUUAAAUUAGUGGAUCAACCAACUGUAUCACAGCAAUGCCCUGGACCAUGGACCGACAGAUACUGAAGUGAAUGCCGAAUAGCCAAUACACACAAACAAACACAUAUAUAUGUAGAUACAUGUACAGAUAUGUAUGAUGAUAUUUGAAAAAUAUGAUUAGUUCUUUAAUGUCUAUUCAGAGAAGGAAGUGUAUUUUUCAAUUAAACAAUUAAGUUUUUUAGCCCUGUGAUAUGUCAAAAUAAACAGAAUUCAAAUUGUA